AUGGCUGCGCAACCUGAGACUCUGAAAUUCGGCCCCCAAUGGAUUAGGAAAUUGUCCGAUUGCACUUUCAGUUCCCAGCGUUCAUCAACGAGAAGUCCCACCGAUAAUUCGUCUGCUGGUCUUGUUGGAAUUACAAAUGACAUUGUUGGAGACGAUCCGAGACACAUGCCAUCUGCAAGGGAUGAUAGGAGUGUGGAUCGUCUUGAAGGUCUUCGUAGCACAGAGGCUUCCUGGGACUCCGUUUGUUCCGCUUCGUUUGUUGAGGGGAAGGACGCUUCCAUUCCAAGACCGCAUAGGACACCAGGAGGUGGUCCUAUAUCUACCCAAGGAGGCGGGUCAUCAUUCUACAGUUUUAGCUACACUAGUGCUGAGCUUGAAAAGCUCAGCAAACCUCUGAUGGAUCCACCUUCCUGGCAGAAGUCAACCGAUCAGGCAGUUGCUGACCAGAAUUGGCGGCGGCUUCCACAUACUGUCAAUCCCUCUUCAGAUGCACCCAAGUGGAAACAAAUCCGGUCUCCCAUUCCUACCGCAGGUGACACCUCGUUAUCGCGCGUUUCCGGACUUCUGCCGCAAAGCAAUUCACUAUGGGAUCAGCAAAAGCAGUUGUGGUCAAAAUCGACUCCUCAGCAUUUGCAUGGCUUGGAAACAUUAGAUUCUGUAACCACUCCUCAGUUGGGACAAAAUGUCAGCUGUAGUGUACCCGAACUAGAAAAGUCAGCUAAUUUGGUUGAACAAACAGCGUUAUUUGAGUCUGCCGAUUCAAAUGACCUAUUUAACCCAUCCGGCGCACGACCAUCCACAUAUUCCUCGCUAGAAGAGGAGCGAGGACUACAUCGUCCUGAUGGGGCCGACGAUCCUGAUGAGCACAUGUGGUUGUACGAAGAUCCACAGGGUCGUACACAGGGUAGUUUCAGUGAUGCCCAAAUGAAUGAUUGGCUGCUAGCUGGCAUUUACUUUACUCCCAACUUGCGCAUACGACGGAAAUGUGAUAACACAUUUUCUACACUGGCUGAUUAUACCCGUCUUUUCGGUCGGAUUCCGUUUGUACCGGGACCGCGUAUUUCCCCAAUUCGUGGUGGCAUAACGCCACCUACCCUAAAUGCGCUUCCCAAAUCCGUGUCAGUGGAACACCCAUCCUCCAAUGAUCUUGUGGAUGGUGUUAGCUCUUCAGGGCUCCAGCAUUCCGUAGGAUUAUCUUCGACUUCCCAAAGCUCCAUUACGAGUGUGUCCGGGCAGGCUGGGCGCGUACCACCUAUUGCAACGCAACAACUCAACUAUUCACCCGAUUUCCAAAGCAACCUUAUAUCUACUGGAUCUUCGAACCAGAUCGAUACUGGCCGAUUAGCAACUUCUAUCCCGGGAACUUCCUCAAUGUGUGUCAACAGCAGUCUCCCCGUUUUACAGUCUCGGUCCCAGGUGAAUUCUCUUUCGAAUCCUUUGAGCAGUUUGACCACCAGCAUCGAGUCAGAUUCACACUUGAUAGGAAACACUGGUCAUUUGGUCAAUGGAACUUCAGCAUUUAUGGCUUUGGCGUCUUUGUUGUCCAUGAACCCUACCCUUGCCUCUCUGGCACUAUCGUUCUCCGGUCACUCAACUGGUGGACACAAUCCAGACCUUGCAGCAGCAGCUCUCUCAUCUGGAUUUCUUUCUGCUCUGGCCCAAUAUCUCAAUGUUCAGCCACACUCAUCCAACCAUCAGCCAACUUCUAUGCAGCAGCUGGCUGAGACAGCACAGCUGGCGGCUCAGUUGGCGGCCUUGGCAGGUGCCCACAGUCCAGACCAAACGCCUAUGCAGCCAGAACAGGCAUUGGCCCUAGCCCAAUUGGUCAUAUCGCAGGCAUCCAAUCCUCAGUGGGCGGCUCAUUCAAAGAAGGAUGGUACAGCUGAUUCUGGUCACGAUCCCGAAGCUGAUACAACUGACCGUCGUUUGGAUAAGUCUAUCAAUGAUGAGUCGGCAGCACGGUCACACUCCCUUGCACACACGGGCGAUGAUGCACGACAGGACCAACAGUCCAAUUGGCCUCCACUUUUCAGCACAAACAGUGCAACCCGAAGUUCACCGCGCUUUGGAGAUGGACGAUACCCUACCAAAAGUGGCCGUGAUGCUUCGACUCAUGGUGAUCAUCGAGACGGACAGUCGCGUGUUCCGGUCGGAUUUCCGAAUCGUCAACACCAAUCCAAAACUCCUGUUCAAACCACAAGUACCAGAACUUCGACGGGCAAAUCGAAGCAUUCUAACGGUGCCGUGUUUCAGUCUGUACAAACAACUGAACCAAUGCCAUAUACUUCCCCUACUAACCAGUCUAGUUGGCGGAGUGCUGGUGAUGUGACGGAAGACUGUCAUGGUAAAGACGGACAUCCAGAGCGAAAUCGCGGUACACCAGCACAGAUUCCCUCAUCUCGAGCACCUCCAACUAUCGGACAGUGGGCCCACAAGGUAAAACAAACGCCUCUCAAGUCUGCGUCACAGGUAACCCGCACGGUCACCGAGAACGGCCGCGCCACCACAUGUGUUACUAACACCUCGCCGAACACCGCGAAUAAGAGCACCGGGCUGAGCUCUAACCAUAACAACAGGGCUGCCACGAACCAGUCUGCGGCAAGUACGAACUUCACACGAUCCCCUGUCAAAUCUAUCGGUUAUCAGUCUGAAACCAAAGCAAACAAAUCCACUUCCAAAUCAGAUCAGUUUUCUUCACGUUCCCCUAACGACUCCGAUCGAACCGCCCAGGAAGAGUUAGAGCGCUUGACGACAUGGUGUCAGACACGACUCAGUUCUGUUCCACUGAGGGAGAAGGUAGACAUUCCCACGGUGGUUGAGCUGUUGGCAACCCUGGAUGCCCCGUACGAAGUGGAACGAAUGGUUCAGACAUUUAUGGGUGAAUCAGCGCGAACCAGCUUGUUCGUCAAAGAUUUCCUCGAUCGUCGACGCCCUUUCUGGCAAUUGCAUCGAGAACGACGGGAUAACGAAACUUUCACUCAAAGUGUCUCUCAGUCUGCCAACAGUGCGAACGGUAACAUACCAAAAUCUGGUGAUAGGAAGAAACGAUCUGGUGGUCAGGAUAACUCCACUCAGACUACGAAUCGACAAAAUGCUGGAAUCAAUAAUAUGAAUGGUGCUCCAGGAUCUACCAAAGUGGGACAGCCUGCGCAGCUUGAUCAAUCACAGGAUAAUCAGUGGCAUCAUAUCAAGCCGAAAGGUGGCCAUAACCGGAAGAGCAAGAAAGACAAAGUCUCAUAGGGCCAACGGUGCCCAACUACCCACCCCAUUUCUCCGAUUUAUGAUUCUUUCUAUUUCCUGGUUUACGAUUAUUUCGGCUAUUCGCUUUUCUUACCUCAUUCUUACCCUUCCAACCCGCCUUCCUCUUUCUCUUCCCCGAGAACCACUUGUGCCACAUCUCUCAUUUUUCGACCCAAUUCUCUUGUCCCAUCCCAUUGCUUCUACUCGUUUCCCUUCUCGACGUAAAGAGCAUGAGGGUUUCGCGGAUAAGGUAACUGUUGCCCCGUAUUCGCUUCUUGACCAUCCACCGGCGAGACUUACCGUUGCGCGCAUGCCGAUACGUGUGCAAUUCAUUCAGCUGUGAUUUGGUUUCCGUUGUGUAUCGUACCUGGUCCACUAACGCCCCGCUCUGAUUUUGACGGUAGUGAAUAUCAAAAGUUGACUAGUCCUCUACCCCCGUAUGCCUCUUUCUCUUGAUAUAUGAUUGCCAGUGCAUGUGCAAAAGCGCAUUUGGUUGUACGUGUGUGUACAUAGGCACCUGUGUAUACACUCAGACGUUUUGUCUCUGGCGACCGUCCACUAUAUGUAUAUACUUAUCAGCUCUACAGUACACGAA